AAUUUUAUUUAAAAAUGUGAAAUAUGUUGUGGAAGAUUGAAUGGGUUUGAUUGGAUGUUAGUACAAAAUAAGUUUACAUUUAUAAUGCAUUUGGUUUGGUUUUAUUUCUAAAUUCUAAGGCGUUGUUUGGCGGUGGUCAUAGUAGUUUUUAGAGGAAUGUUUUUUUCUUUCAGAUAGUUUUAAUUUGGUUCAGGUGUGAAUUCUGACAUCAAAUCAAAUGAUUCCAACCCGAAAUUGUGUCUCACAUAAAUCCUUAUUAUAAACCCAAACCCAAUGCUACAAUUUAGGGUUUCUGUUAUCUUCUGAAGAACGAUUGAUUGCCUUGACCUAACUACACUUCUCAACAACACAUGCUGCUAUAUACGUUCUUCCAUCUCUUCGAGAUUAGAAAGAUGAACCUUUGUUGAGAGAACUGCUCCAAAGAUGGUCAAAAUACAAACUUUUGAUCAAACACCUCUUGAGCAUUUUUCGUCCUCUCGACAGAUAUGCUCGCUCAAAAAUUGGAGUUCCUCCUCUUGAAGUAGCCGGCUUCUUAUGCUUUGACAACCUGGUUGGUUGGUGAUGAGUUUCCUUAGAAAAGUUGCAGAAAUGUUUAUCUAAUAUUAUUUGUUCUGAUUUUUCCUUUUUAACACGGGGUUUUUUGUCAUUUUAAUUGUCUCAGAUAUAUGAAGCGAUGAAUAAAGAAAUAAUAAUGGAUGCUAUAUAUGCUGCAGUAUUUUCUACUUUCCAUUCCCAUAUGUUUUUAACACGGAGUAAAAAUGAUAUUCCAACCUAAAUAUAGUGCAGUUUUUAUAAAACAGGAAUUUGUCUGAAUUAACAAACCAACAGAUGCUUGACUUUAUUUUUUCUCAACUAUCCAAUGCAAUGUGUUACACUUGCAUUGGAAAAAAUGGUUUCGCAAUGUUGAUUUUUUUAUUUAUUUUUAAUUUCUAUAAUGGUGUCUUAUGUUUCUCGGCUUAAUUAUGUAGUUUUUCUGUAACGUUUUAUUUAAGAAUUGUGUAGUUGAAUUUUGGUAGUUUAAUUAUGUUCAUAAUACUGCUAUAAGGCUGUCAAGAUCGUGUUCUUAAUUAUUAGAUCACAUGGUAUUGCGAUUCCACGGCGGUGCAGCUAUCCAGAUCGUGAAUGAAAUCUUUUUGUGAGAUCGUAAAUAAAAUUGCAAUUCAGAUUGUGAAAUUGCGUGAUUUCGUGAUUGUGCUGCGAUUUGGAUCACAUUAAUCAUGGUCUAGGUGCAUUCUGGGCCAGGCUACCUUCAAAGCAAAUCAACUUGAUAAGCUCUGAUGGGGUUACGUUCGAAGUUGAUUGUGAUGUGGCUGUGGCACUUAUGUCACACAGAUCUAAGGACAUUACUGCUGAGACCACUUCUGUUGGUAAAUUGAGCACCAAAAUGAUCAUUGAAUACUGCAAGGCUCACAAGUGGUGUUAAUUAUUUUGAAGUCAGAGACUGGGAUGCUCGAUUUAUCGAUGUUGAUCCUAAAACUCUCUACUUGAUUAUACAACAUGUGCUUGCUAAAUGAAAAUCAAUAGUCUGGUGGAGCGGACGUGGAGGAAAGUAGAUGAUUUGAUAAAAGGAAAGACACCGGAAUGGAUCUUUAGCUAAAAUUAUAUGUUUGCUGAUAGACUUGAGUCAAAUUUUCUCCAUUUAUCGAGCUCUAUUUACUGUCCAUUUUUUGAAAGUGAUAGAUGGAGUAAAUCCAGACUCGUUAGACUUUAUCUUGCGACGAGGUAAACUUUAAGGCUAAUUCCUUUGGGCUCUAUUUGUUUAUAUAUUUUGUACUUAGCAAAUUGAUUUCUAUACUUGCUAUGUUUCUUGAUGAAAUGGAAUUUCCCGUUGUUUCGACCAAAAUAAAUAUAAAAAAUUCUUUGCUUGUUGAAUAUAUCAUUUUUAAAAUAAAAAAAGUCUAAGUCAAAAAAUUAUUUAAAUUAUUAUUUAUCUAUGAUAUAGAUGUUUAAUUAUAAACCCAAACCCAAUGAUGAUCCAUAUAUGAUCCAUAUAACAACCAUAUAUAAAUAAAGAGCCCAACAAAACAAUAACUGUUCCAAUUUAGGUUUAGGGUUCUCUUCCCUCUCUCGCCGAUUUCACUCCGCCUCCUACUCUGGUUCAACUGACAGCGCAACAAUGGAUCCGUACGAGUUUAUCACCUUUGAAGAAGGAUGGCAGAUUUUGCAAAAUGGCAUCACAAAGCUCCAAAACAUUGUAGAAGGAUUGCCCGUACCUAACUUCACUAGUGAGGAACACAUUCAUCUAUAUACGACUGUGUACUAUAUGUGCAAGAACAAAGUUUCUGGUCACUAUGAUCAGGGACUAUAUGACAAGUACAGGGAAACAUGUGAAGAGUAUAUCAGUUCAAAAGUUCUGCCAUCUCUGCAACAAAAGAAAGAUGGACCUUUGUUGAGAGAAUUGCUCGAAAGAUGGUCAAAAUACAAAUAUCUGAUCAAACGCCUCUCGAGCUUUUUUGCUCCUCUCGACGCUCACCCAAAACAUGAUGUUCCUUCUCUUGAAGAAAUCAGCUUCUCAUGCUUUUCCAGCCUGGUAUAUGAAGAGAUGAAUAAAGAAAUAAUGGAUGCUAUACAUGCUGUGAUGGAACUGAAACUUGCAGGAGUGGAGAUUGAUCCAAUAUUUGUUAUAAACACUUUGGAUUUCUUCAAAAAGUGUUACAAAUGGACAAAAAAGGAAGAGGAAAUGAAUCACACACCACCUUCGAAGCAAAUCAACUUGAUAAGCUAUGAUGGGGUUAUGUUCGAAGUUGACUAUGAUGUGGCUGUGGCACUUAUGUCACACAGAUCUAAGGAGAUUACUACUGAGACCACUUCUGUUUGUAAACUGGGAUCAGAAAUGAUGACCAUGAUGAUUGAAUACUACAAGGCUAAGAAGCACGACAGAGGUAUGAAUUAUAUUAUUGAAGUCAUAGACGGGCAUGAAUUUAUCGAUGAUGAUGCUCAAUUUACCAAUGUUGAUCCUAAAACUCUGCUUGAUUAUACAACAUGUGCUUGCUACAUGAAAAUCUAUACUCUGGCGGAGCUGACAUGGAGGAAAGUAGAAGAUUUGAUAAAAGGAAAGACAACUGAGCAAAUUGCGGAGAUCUUUAGCUAAAAUUAUACCUUUAUUCAUGUUUAGUUUACCAUUUCAACAUUAAUUCUUCUUUAUUUGCUCUCGAGUGAUUUUGCAGCUGUUGUUUUUAUUUGUUUUUGGGCAGUUGGCUAAUAGACUUGAGUCAGAAUUUGUUUCAUUUAUCAAGUUAUAUUUACUGUCCAUUCCAUUUAUGAAAGUGAUACACAUAAAUGAUAGAUGGAGCAAAUCCGGCUUGUUAGACUUUAUCUUGCUAAUUAGCGAAUUGGUUUUUGUACCGGCUAUAUUUUUUAAUGGAAUGGAACCUCCUGUUGUUUCGAACGAAAUACGUAA